GCAGCCAUAAAGGAGGCUCCACACACACACACACAGCCGUCUGGAAGGAAUUAGACAUCAGUGGCAGAGACAUUUGGCCACUUCUCUGCGCUCUGUGUAACUUGGAUGCUGGGGGAAACUAUAGAAAUACUUACCUACAUGCCCCUCAAGACAGCAAAAUACUAAUUAUUUGACUCAUAUUUGAUUAUUAGAGUUAUUGCUGGAAACUUUUUUUAUUAGUAUAACUGACAUUGCCAGAGUUGAUGGCGUUUUUGCAACUUUUAAAAACUUUGGAGAUAUGAAUGAAACUGUCAGAAGUUGAUGGAGAAAAAUAUUUCUCAUUUUUACACAGGCUUCUUUUUAUUUAUACUUUUUUAUAUGAAUGAUGCCAAAGUUGACUGACAUGAUGUUUGUGUUUGUACACCUAAGAAGCAUGCAGUGUAAAGUUACUGACUGCAGACAGACUGUUAGACACUAGAGACAGUCGUGCUAUCUUUCUUUUUUUUUUUUUAAGCAUCCAGCUGAGCAAACUUAGAGGAACGUGCGUCUUAUCUUUUUUCGUUCUCAUUAACGAGGAUCAGUGUCAGCGGAUUCAUGAGACUCUUCACUGCACAAGUUUCCUUUGAAACUUUGUCGAGACUUUUCCUCCCUGUGGAGCGGUACCAGAGCCGCCGGAGCUGACCGCAUCCUUCCUCAAGGGCGAACGAGAGGACGACAGCUGCUUCAAGAUGAGGUGUCAAAGAGUCCUCACCUACCUGCGGAUAUUUGGGACCACCAUGUUUGGCGUGUCCCUUCUGGUGGGCAUCUCCACAGCCUACAUCAUGGGCUACCAGUUCUUCACCACAGCCCGCAAUCACCUAUCCUUUGGCCUAUAUGGUGCCAUCUUGGUUGUCCACCUCAUCAUCCAGAGCCUUUUUGCGCUCUUAGAACACCGAAACAUGCGACGGUCCCUGGAGACACCUAUCAAACUGAAUAAAUCCUUGGCGUUGUGCAUUGCAGCUUAUCAAGAGGACCCAAACUACCUGAGGAAGUGCCUGGUGUCGGUAAAGAGGCUGACAUACCCAGGGAUCAAAGUGAUCAUGGUGAUCGACGGGAACACAGACGACGACCUGUACAUGAUGGAGAUUUUUAAAGAGGUCAUGGGAUGGGACAAGUCGGCCACAUACGUGUGGCGGAGUAACUAUCAUAGCAGAGGGGUGGAGGAGACGGAUGAGAGCUACGCUGAGAGCCUUCAGCAGGUCUCCAGGCUGGUGCUGAACAACAAGUGUGUAUGCAUCAUGCAGAAGUGGGGAGGGAAGAGAGAGGUCAUGUAUACGGCCUUCAAAGCACUGGGGAGGAGCAUGGACUAUGUGCAGGUGUGUGACUCUGACACUAUGUUGGACCCGGCAUCAUCCGUGGAGAUGGUAAAGGUUCUAGAAGAAGACCCUAUGGUGGGAGGUGUUGGAGGAGAUGUGCAGAUCCUAAACAAAUAUGAGUCGUGGGUCUCCUUCCUGAGCAGCGUGCGGUACUGGAUGGCCUUCAACAUUGAGCGAGCUUGCCAGUCCUACUUUGGUUGCGUGCAGUGCAUCAGUGGGCCAUUAGGAAUGUACCGAAAUUCCCUCCUGCACGAGUUCCUUGAAGACUGGUACAAUCAGACCUUCAUGGGAUCCCACUGCAGUUUCGGGGAUGACCGUCAUCUCACGAACAGAGUUCUAAGUCUCGGGUAUGCAACCAAAUAUACUGCUCGUUCAAAGUGCCUGACGGAGACACCGAUUACAUAUCUGCGGUGGCUCAAUCAACAAACUCGAUGGAGUAAGUCGUAUUUUAGAGAGUGGCUAUAUAACUCUAUGUGGUUUCACAAACACCAUCUUUGGAUGACUUAUGAGGCUGUGAUCACGGGCUUCUUCCCAUUUUUCCUUAUUGCAACUGCAAUCCAACUCUUCUACCAAGGAAGACUCUGGAAUAUUCUGUUGUUUCUGCUCAUUGUGCAGGCGGUGGCACUGAUCAAGGCCUCGUUUGCCAGCUGCCUCAGAGGUAACAUUGUCAUGGUGUUCAUGUCGUUCUACUCCGUACUGUACAUGUCAAGCCUGUUGCCAGCCAAAAUGUUUGCAAUAGCAACAAUCAACAAGUCUGGAUGGGGGACAUCUGGGAGGAAAACAGUGGUGGUGAACUUCAUUGGUCUGAUUCCUAUAUCAGUCUGGUUCACCAUCCUAUUCAUUGGGAUUAUCUACACAAUAGUCCUACAGACUAGAAAACCCUUUCCUGAAUCAGAAAAGUUAGUUCUGGUCAUAGGGGCCGUCGUGUAUGCCAGUUACUGGGUCAUACUGUUAACGUUGUAUACAGUGCUCAUAAAUAAGUGUGGGAGGAGGAAGAAGGAAACACACUAUGAUAUGGUGCUGGAUGUAUGACUUAAAGUUAUCAUUUACCACUGAACUCUCUUUUUGGGUUGUUUUCACUAACACCAUGUUUUUAUACAAAUGUUUUGCAGAUGCAGAGCAGAUCUGGAGGCAAAAUUGGUUAAGUUUUCCAAACUUGAAUUACAAAAAUAUGUGGCAGUGGCUGCUUUUUCGUUCUGAUCAUUCAUGACCAAAGUAUUCACGUUCUUUGAGCAUAAGCAUCCUGGCUAAUUAGCUCACCAUGAUUUUUAAUCUAACAUAUUUGGCUGAAGAUCAGAUACUGUAAACUAAUCAGCUAAACUUGCAAUUCUUGCAAGUCAUUGUGGCAUGAUAAUAUAUUUAGCAGUUGGCAGCUGCUAGGCUUUGUAAUAUAAGCUACCUCUUACCCACGUCAUUUUCACUGGGCUUCAGUCUAAUAUUUACUACACAGCCAAAGAAACUGUAGAUUACUAUGUCAGCCCAUUGGAGUUUAACUUGACCAGUAAGCACUGGCGCCACUAGGGGGUGGCCGGGGGGCCUGCCCUGGGUCAACUGCUGCCCCCCUCCCGAAAAUAGUAAAAAUUAUUGGUGGUUUUUAAACUUGAGUAGGCUUAA